AUGGCAUCCCUAAGACACGAAUUCUACGAGACCGACGAGCGGCUCACGCUCGAGGUCUUCGACAAAGGAGCCGACCCCGCCGCCGUCUCCGUCACCUUCCAGCCCCGCAGCCUCGCGUACACGCACGGCGAGAAGACGCUCGUGCUCGAGCCCCUCAAGGGCCAGAUCGACCCGGAGAAAAGCACGUACACCGUCGGGAAGUUCAAGGUCGAGAUCCGCCUCGCGAAGAUGGCGCAGGGCCGCUGGGGCGCGCUCGUCGGGGACAGCCCAGAUCCACUGACCACAAUACCGGCCGCGAGCGCGCCCGCGCCGACGCCGCGCCAGCCGCAGAAGAACUGGGAGGGGAUUACGGCGGCGAUCCUGGACGAGGACAAGGACGGGGGCCCGUCGGAGGACCCGAACGCGGGCGGGGACACGGCGGUGAACGGCUUCUUCCAGAAGCUGUACGCGGACGCGGACGAGGACACGCGCCGGGCGAUGCUCAAGAGCUACCAGGAGAGCGGCGGGACGACGCUCAGCACGAACUGGGACGAGGUCGGCAAGGCCCCCGUCGAGGUGAAGCCGCCCGAGGGGAGCGAGUGGAAGAAGUGGGCCGCGUAG